AUGAGGCUCGCUGCGCUGUUGUGGCGCUCUGGCCUGGCGCCAGCGGCGUGCGCCGCGCUGGCUAUUUUUUCCGUGCCGACGCGAAUCGCAGCAGGAGGAGCCGUGGCAACAGAGAUGGCGGAGGAUAGCCUGGCGACGACGAGUCCUGAGGGAGGCGAAUUGGAGCGCGGAGCGUCCCCCCGACGUCUCAUGGCUGAAGGCCUGUCGAUCAUGGCCAUGCAGUACAUCAUGGUUCCUGAGAUGCGCGAUUCGCUGGUCGAGCUUGGGACUCGUAGCAUGGAGAUUUUCAAGGGAUUGCCCACGUACGACCUUCAGCUGGACUACUACCAUGACCCGCAGGACUGUGUGGUGGUUUUUGACACACUCAACGACGGCACCACGUUCGGCCUCAUGAGAGAGGACGAAGUGACCGUCACAUACAGCCACGUGCAACACCAGGGCCUCCUGGACUAUGUAGAGAGGAGACGCGAGACUGUCGAAGUGCUCAAGGGGAAACAGCGCCAUCUGCAAAAGUUCAAUCUGCCGAGAGGGUGCAUUGCCGACGAGACGUCUUACUGGGUCGCCUACUGCCGCAGCCAAUCACAGCCGUGUUACGUAGGGCGCAUCGACAUCCAUCUGACCAAGGGCUCGCCUUCCGAGAAGCCGAUGCCGCUUGAGCCCAUCUCUUAUGAGGCAUUCGCCGAACAGCUGGUGGACAAGGAAGGCAUGAACUUCUACGAUGUAGAAGACAUUUUUGAGGCUGAAACACCUCCGAAUCGCCUCACGUGGGACACCGAGAAAUGCCUCCUUCACUACCGAUACUCCACCAAUGACAUUUCUGCAACUUCCUAUUACUGGAUGCGCACGCGGCAUGCAUUUCGAAUCGACGUAAAGGACACGGACGGCAAGUUCAUCAGGAAAAUGUCCGCGAUGAUUCCGGAUUGUGGUGGCGAAGGCCCUGAAGAUUUCACUGUCACCUACAAGGAAAUCAGCGAUGGGACGAUCAAAGCCGUCUUCCGUGCGCGCCGCCUCAAAGAGUUUGAGCCUCACUACCACGACACCAUAACGCUGAAAAAACUAGCUCCGCAUAUCCCAGUGCAGAACUGGGAUCCGGAGGAUGCCGAGGUUAUGGACUUCGUCGACCUUUUUCCGGAGACUGACGUCAUUGCGCUCGACAUGCUCACCAGGGACUAG